UCCACAAUGGUGGCAACAUCAGAUUUCAAGACGGUUGUCAAGGGUAUCAAACUACAGCAACAAGGACAUAUAGCCAAACUACAACUCAAAUCUGAAGCGGAACAAGAGCUUCUUGAAUCUGUCAAAGAGUAUAUGCAGAAACGAGCUGAACUGGAGUUACAGUAUAGCAAGUCGUUGGAAAAGUUGGGAAAGACUCUGCAAGCCCGCAAAUUUCGAAAAUUUCUGGGUACAUCUACUUUUCCUUUGGGUUCAGCCAUAGCAUCAACAACGGGUACAACGCCAACAACUCAGUCUUUGCCUGGAACUCCUAGCCUUGCUAGCCCACCUGAAUUCAAUGACUCGGACUCUGUCGUACAUGAUCGAGUUUGCAGAGAUACAUACCAAGCACUGUCCUCAUUGCUCAUCGAGUCUGAACAUCAAGCAAAAUUUCGUUUGCAAACUAGCGAAAAACUAGUAGUAGAAAUUGCCGAUGUAAUCAAAGACUUUAACAAGGAGAAAUCUGCUACUACAAAAAGGAUCAAAUUCCAACAAGAAAUGUGGCUUUUAUACGAAGAAAUUGACAAGUUAAAGUUGCUGUAUGAAAAAGCAGCUAGAGAGGAAAAUCUUGCUCAGAAAAAGUAUGAUGAUGCUGCUAAGCGACCAAAAUCUGGUCUGCAGGCUCUGAAAAACUUGGUAACCGGAAAAGAUGCAGAAGAGCGAUUAUUAAAAUUGAAAUCCAAAUGGAAGACCAAGACGCGACAGCUCAAUAAUUCUCGCAACGACUACCUUCUUUCCCUAGAGGGAAUCAACGCAAUGCAGUCCCACUAUUAUAAAGAUGACAUGACUGCACUUAUGGAAAAGAUUGACGGUAACUUUUACACAACCUUUUCAAGCAUGCUGCAUCAGUUUACAAGCCUUGAAUCUAGUGUUGCAGCAUCUCUAAAAUCAGGAGCUGAUCUUGUUGAUACUGAAAUAAAGAAAGUGGAUCGAAAACGCGAUGUAGAGCUGUUUUUGAAGGACUAUCAGCAAAUAUUUCAUGAACAGGCUCCAUUUUUGUUUGAUAUGGCUACAACGGACGAGCAUUGCGAUAUCACGGUUGACGAGUCUAGCAAAACCCCACUUGGUCAGAGACUUGGAGAACUUUGUGUGCGCGAUGAAACACUAAGUACCAUGCUUAAUCAGCGAGAAAAGGAGCUUAUAGGUGUAGUUCAAAUGGCAGAAGCAUAUGCAGCCACACCCCAGUUUGGAAAUGCAGCCACACCUCUUGAUCAAAAAUUGGAAAUUAAAAAUGCAAUUGAUCUUUUGAAAGCUCAGCGCAUCCGGACUAGUGUUCAAAUUAAAACGCUCAAAAGUCUGGGAAUUGAGCCCAUUAUGCCUGUUAUACCAGAGGACAAUCCAGCACUACCCAACUUUGCCACAAAGAAAAACGAUGCAGUAGCAGCAUCUGACUAUACUCCUAUAAAUCCUGAAGAAGUAACUCUCACUAUUGGAAACUUAUUAGAGAUACUAACUGCUGAUCACGAAGGUCGCACCAAGGUCAAAGUUAUCCCCACAGGUGCAAUUGGAUUUGUUCCAACAGCAUGUAUUACCAUCAGUCAAGGCAGACGAUCAUCCUUGUUUUCAUCUGACCAGUCACAACAAAACAUGACUGUAUCUGCACUAGAAGAUUACGAAGCAAUGGAUGAUGGAGAAUUGUCGUUUAAAGUUGGUGAUGUGAUUGAAUGCACCGAUGGGAUUUUUGAAGAUGAAGAAUGGUGGGACGGUCAUGUUUUGCGCACUGGUCAAGUCGGAACAUUUCAAGUAAGACUCACAAAAGGCUGGGAAUCAGUUGCAGCAGCAACCGUCAAUAAAACAAAACUAAUGCGACGCGCAAGCUCUCGACGCAUAACAAUGACGUCGGGAAAGACUCGUAAUGGAGACUGUACAGGUGCUUCAAGUCAAAAAAUUCCUACUGCACGGGCGUUGUACUCAUACGAAGCAACAUGUGACGGGGAGUUGACUAUUGAGGCUGGAGAAAUUCUGGUGAUCAAAAGUAAAGAAACUGGAAGCGAUGAUUGGUGGGAGGGUGAAGGAAAGAACGGAUGUGGGCAAUUCCCUGUAAACUACGUUCAAAUGAUUGAAAGUGAUCAACGUGGAAAAGAGGGGAUAAGUCAAUCUAAAUUGGGUCUAGUAUCUGAGAUUGAACAAGUACGUGCGCUUUACGACUUUACGCCCAGCAGUCCUGGAGAGCUUACAUUCAAAUCUGGGGAUAUAAUCAAAGUGACGCAGUCAUCUGAUCCAGAUUGGUGGGAUGGCGAGUUGGACGGAGUUGUUGGCGCAUUUCCAGCAAGAUAUGUUACGUCCAUUCUAACCGACCUAUCAGAAACAAUUGACUGAAUAACACCCAGAGCUGUCUUAAUAUGAUUUUGUUUGAGCCUUGCCAAAAAUAAAGCUUUUGAGCAACAGUCAAUUAAUA